AGUCUGCAGAGAAAUGCAUGUUUUGUUUGUCCGAGCUCGGAACUUGAUUACGUUAUACUGUUCUACAUGUAGCAUGUAUUUCUGAUGUAUGUGAUUUUGCUUUAGACCGAUAGAUCACUCUAGUACUAGAAUUCAUCGAGCAAAUCAUGUUGAAAAUUGUUGAGAUGAAGUCCGGGCAUACUUGUUCUGACAUUAUCUUGAAAAUUUUCUAUAUGGCUCGUCGAAUCCAUUAGCCGCGUCUUCAAGCUAGUGUUUGCCAUUGUUCAACUGUCUUUUUACUGGAAAGCAUUGAACGUAUGCUGUAAUGAUUUCUGCUAGCCAACGGAUGGCAGGGGAGGUUAUUUUGUCAUUCGGAAAAUGAUUUACUUCACUGUACCUGCAGGUUGAUCAAGGACCGGAAGUCAUCAUCGAGUAACUAUUUUUCGACCUGUUAUUAUUGUCGAAGUAUCAAAUCUGUACCCGAUUUUUAUUGAGUAAGAUGAAGCCCCCAAAUUUUAAUCUUGAAUCGGAGGAAGAUGAGUCCGAAGUCAGCAGCAGCCAAGUUGCCUCGAAUAUUUCUGCCCAAGAAAUUUCUCCCGAUCCGUAUAGGGACAGCACUACCAAUUCAUCUUGUCUGACGAACUCGAUCAAUCUUCAUCAAGAGCUAAAACCGGUUACUCUCGACUUGACUCUUGGCUUCAACUGCAGUGAUACCGAGCUGAAGGUCAAUCCAGAAGCUGGCGAUGAAGUUGUGCCGCAUCCUCCGGCUGCACCAGUAUCGAGGAUAUUCUCGUGCAACUUUUGUAGACGCAAGUUUUACAGUUCACAGGCGUUGGGAGGACAUCAGAAUGCACAUAAGAGGGAGAGGACUCUAGCGAAGAGGGCAAUGCGGAUGGGAAUACUAUCGGAGAGGUACGCUAGCUUAGCAUCGCUCCCACUUCACGGUUCUCCAUAUCGAUCUCUUGGCAUCGAAGCUCAUGCUUCCGUCCACCAACGAGCCUCACAACAACACGAAAGGCAUAUGCAUGCUGCUAUUAGAGGUGGGGCAAGAUUCGAACAAGGCUACUUCGGUGUGCCAGUAUACAUGGACGAUGAUGAUGUCGAGAUGUUUUGGCCCGGGAGCUUCCGGCAAGUUGAUGCGGUCAGUAGCAACGUCGUCGGGCUUAAUUCAGGUCACCUAGUAGCAAUGGCACCACCACCUAGUAGGACACAACCACCAUCAUUGCCUGAUCUUAAUUUGAAACUAUGAACACUCUUGCCAUUCACAUUUCGAUAUCUAUAUUUCGCGGUCCUUUUCCCCCCCCAAAAAAAAACGCGGUGUUGUGUUACAUUCGCGCUGUAUUGUACAGUGAGAUUGAAUCGAGAUUUCGAGUUUUAUCGCGUUAAUUAGACUGUUUUUAUUCCAGAAAUGUGCUUGAUUCAUAACUUUGUUUAUAUAACUUGUACAAGAUCAUAAGGAAAUUUUCACAUUUUUGGGAAUACUAUUGAAUACCAUCUACAUAUUUUGUA